AUGCGCUCCAAUGUAGUGUGUGUGAAGUUAUCGGUUUUUUUAGUGAUGUCGACCUAUGUAGACAUCUCUACUAUGUUCAAUUUCGACCACAGAGGUCAAUAUGUUGAAAUUUCCCCCGAUAGAACGAAAGCUCGUCGUCAAAUAGGUUUUUGUGAUGGGGUAGUUAUUUCUCAAAGCUUCAUCCGACCAGGCGAAGUGGUAGCUGUCGAAAUUACAGAAACACAGCGAGGUUGGAGUGGGGAUUUGAGAGUCGGAUUCACUUUACUACCGGAUAACUUGCUCUUGCCUCUUCCCAGGUUUGCCCUGCCUGAUUUGGUUUCUCCAGGUAGAAGUUGGAUUGUACCGGUUGGAACUGCUGUGGCCCUUCUCUUGUCACAUCAUCAUCAAACUUACUUGAAACGACAGCAAUUAAAGUCUGGUCGUCAUUUGAGUAAAACCAAUAACAAUCCACCCACGUUGUUUGAUUCUGUCAUUAUGUUUUGCGAAAGACAAGUAGAUGUGCCCAGUAUGAACUCAAUCAAUGGUUUUAUCAAUAGUCCAAAUGUUCUGGUAACUAAUUCUCAUAUGGAUAAACAACCUACACAUCUACAAGUUACUCCUCCCUUCUUUUGUGUCUGUUGUCUCCAUACAAAGCGUGGUCGAGUACCACUGAGCCAACUAGUACCAAAUGAGCUAGAACUUGCGCGACCUCCUGAUGUCGAAAAAGAUGAUUCAUAUGAACAAUGUACAAGUCUUCCGAUAGAUGGAACUAUGAACAUACUUAAUGAUAUUAGCAAUAUUCCGUCUAUAAUACCAGAUGAGAAUGUACAGAACCUUUUGAGGUAUACUUUAAACUCUACCGAAAGUGAAGAGGAUUCAGAUACGGAAAAACUGCUUUUUCUUUUUCGGUUUCAUAUUGUUAUUAAUGGCAUCGACAUGAUUGCAAUAGCAGAAACAGUGGCUAUUUCACCAUCUGAUUUUGAAAAGAAUCUAAUCAGUGUGGACUCCUCAUUUUCACCUGUCAAUGGAGAUGCAAGCAGUAUCAAUUAUAGUGUGACCAACAGUACUAGUGAAACUCCUAGAUCAUUGCCAACUUCUGAUCUUCAUUCUUCCGAUAGUAUCCCUUCUUCCACACCGCGUAUGCGGGCUGUUUUUGAUGUUUAUGGCCAAACUAAAGCAAUUCAACUGCGGUCGUUACAACAGAAUUCAAUUGCACAAUUAAGCCGUUUAUGCUCGUGUGCUAUUCUACAUCAUAUAUUUUAUAUAUUUCAUUCCAAUCGUUUUCUAAACACUGAAACAUCUAAUUUUGAUUCAGAUAAUCCAUUUAUUAUACGCCCCAAAUCUAGUAAAAUGCGUAAUUCACCACAAAUGAUUGUUCCAAAUAUGAUGAAAAAUAAUAUAUGUCGGAAAUUAUUUAUUAUGUUAGAUAAACUUCCACUACCUAGAGUUGAGCGACGUCGUUUACAACGUGAUGCUUUUGCUGUAUUAGCUCGAGGAAUUGCUGAUUAACUACGAAUUGUACCCAAGAAGUAUUUGUUUUAUAUUGUGUAUAUUACAGAAAAGAAAAAAAGUCACCAAGUGUCUUUCACCAUUAUUAUUUACUUGUCUUAGAUCCGAUCUCCAGUUUUAGCUAUUAUUUUGUAGUGCGCGUUUGUGCUCAUUAGAGGGAGUAAAGCUGUUCUAUGGCGAAGGUGAACAAUAAAAGAGAUUCCA